AUGGGCAGUGGACUGACUACCAAUAUCAAACCUUUGAAUGUCAUGAGGUCCACUCAUGAGACCUACUUCCGGACAGAGGAGCAAGUGCUCAUCAACCGCCAAGAUAUCACUAGCAAAAAGGAUGCCUGGGACAUGCAGGAGUUCAUCACUCGCAUGUACAUCAAGCGGCUGCUCAGACACCCGGCCUUCCAGCUGCUGCUGGCCGUGCUGCUGGUGGUCAACGCCAUCACCAUCGCGCUUCGCACCAACUCCAUCCUUGGCCAGAAACACUAUGAGUUGUUCUCUACCAUAGAUGACAUUGUGUUGACCAUCCUUAUCUGUGAGGUUCUCCUCGGCUGGUUUAAUGGCUUCUGGAUUUUCUGGAAGGACGGCUGGAACAUCCUCAACUUCCUUAUCAUCUUUAUCUUGCUUCUGGGGUUCUUCAUUAAUGAACUCAACAUCAUCUCUAUCACCUACACCCUCAGGGUGCUUCGUCUAGUGCAUGUGUGCAUGGCAGUGGAGCCCCUGGCCCGGAUCAUCCGUGUCAUCCUGCAGUCGGUGCCCGACAUGACCAAUAUCAUGGCCCUCAUCCUCUUCUUUAUGCUGAUGUUCUCCGUGUUUGGGGUCACUCUCUUUGGUGCAUUUGUGCCCACGCAUUUCCAGAACAUACAGGUUGCCCUGUACACCCUCUUCAUCUGCAUCACCCAGGAUGGCUGGGUGGACAUCUACGAUAACUUUCAGAUAGAGACGAGGGAGUACACAAUGGAGAUUUGGGGUGCCCUCUACUUUGUCAUCUUCAUCACCAUCGGUGCCUUCAUUGGCAUCAACCUGUUGGUCGUCGUGGUGACCACCAACCUGGAGCAAAUGAUGAAAGCAGAGCAGGGGCAACAGAUUCAAGUACAGUUCAGUGAGACAGGUGACGAGGAGGAGUACUAUGAUAACGAGCUGCCACUGGUGCACUGUGCAGUGGCCCGCUUGGAGAUGUCUGGCCUGCCCCAGGAACCGCUUAUGGGGGGCCCCCUGUCGAACCUCUCGGAAAACACAUGUGACAACUUUUGCUUGGUGCUCGAGGCAAUACAGGAAAACUUAAUGCAGUACAAGGAGAUACGAGAUGAACUCAACAGAAUAGUGGAGGAGGUGCGCUCCAUCCGCUUCAACCAGGAGCAGGAGGAGGAGAUAUUGCACAAACAGAUGUCGAUGAGCCUGUCGACUGAGAGCAGAUCCUCCUUGGACCUGCGUGAGAUGGCUUGCCAGCAAGACUUGAUCACUGCGCUCAUCAGCAUGGAUAAGGUUCAUGACUCUAACACAAAUAUACUCCUUAACAAGCACAAGACCAGCCGCUGA